AUGGAGUCACAACACAAUGCAGAAGGGGUCGCCAACCUAAAAGAACUGGCGACGAGAUUGACCGAGAGCCACAAUUUCAAUAGAGAGGCUCAGAAAGUUCCUAUUGUGAUGGUUCCUGGAUUCUCGGGAUGGGGAACACCUCUUUUCGGUGCUGUCAAUUACUGGGGCGGCAUUGAGAACAUUCCACAGCAACUGGCGAAAGACGGUUACACAGUGAUUGUAACCCCAAUAGCACCUAUAUCUUCUAAUUGGGAACGGGCGUGUGAACUUUUUGCUCAACUUACAUCUGGAAGAUUCACUCGGUAUGAUGUGGAAAAAGGUACAUUUAAAGAUGAUUCUGAGGGUAUCAAAGUCGACUACGGCGGCAUUUUUCCAAACAAGCAUGGAUAUGAACAGCAUACAGAAAAGCGAAAACUCCCGAUUAUAUUCACGCAAGAUCACGAAAUGAAAAAAAGGAAACCCUGGGUCUGGAGCAAAAAUAAUCCAGUUCACUUUAUUUGCCAUUCGCAAGGAGGAAAUACGGUUCGCUAUUUACUCCAUCUUAUGGAACAUGGCUCGCGGGGUUUGACAGAUGGCACACUAAGUGACAUCCCAGCGCACCUGACCUACUUUGAUGAGCCUGGACGCAUUGAUGCUCUUCAAAAUUAUUUCCGAGUAGCGACUACUGAAGAAAGGACUAAGCUAAUUGGCCGCCUGUUUGCAACCCUCUCCUUCAAUGAUACAAAUCACAGAUUCUAUGAUCUUCAACUUGAUCAUUGGGGAAUCAAAAGAGGCAAAACUGCAGCAGGGACGGAAGAAUCUUUCCCAGAAACGCGAGAGAGGCUGGAAUCUCUGAUAUAUCGGGCUCAAUCUGGACCAGUGCGUCGAUGGCUUGAAUCAAACCACAAUGGACUCUAUGAUAAUACCAUUGUUGGGGUCAAUAAUUUGAACAAUUCAACCAUUCCCACCUCAGGCGACGUAUACUACUUCAGUCUGUCCUUCAUCUGCGUGGAGCCAUUCCCGAACGACUGGCCACCGUGGACAUUGGUUGCACUAAGGUCAUUCCCGUUAACUAUCGCUCGCUUUCUCACCUCGAUACCAAUCGUCAGUAAUAUUGCUCAAUUUGUUCAAGGAGCACUAAACUCAAUUCCAUUCAUUGGCGGGUUCAUACCAAACAUACCAGAGUUGAGCGGCCAACUUGCAGAUGGAAUCGCCAGACUGAUUAUUGAUGCCGGCGUUGGCAUUGGCGGAUGGUAUACUGUGUCUACGCUGACUCGAUUUCGCGACGUUAUGAGCUGGGCUAUCGACAGUGUUAAUCACUUUCUCGAGUACAUUGGCUACACAAUCAGAAUCCCUGGGCCACCGGAUUAUCUACCAAUGCCUAGCAUGUUUCCACCUAUGCUCCCAGCUGCGUAUGCUAUUGGGUGCUACAAUCUGACCGAAUCUCAAGCUAAGAUUCUGGGGGACGAUACACAUGAUUGGAAAACCAAUGAUGGCAUCGUGAACACAGCUUCUAUGAAAGGCCCACUCAAUCGAAACGGAGACCAGCAUAAUAACCGAACCAAAGAUCUCAUCGCAGAUGCACGUCAAUUUCCGCACGGUGUAGAGAAAGUAGAAACUGCCAGAGGAAAAUAUUGGCACUUCGGUGUCACCACUGGUCUGGAUCAUGCCGAUGAAAUUGGCAUUUUUAUUCAAGAAGACACAUCAAUGUUAACAGUGGAUAUGUAUAAGGCGCUUGCGACUAUCGUUUCUCGCCUUCCACAGUAG